CCUGAUUCGAGUUUUGAACUGUUGAUCAGUCAAUCUCCCAUUACCUUCGUCUUCGUGUUCCUUCCUCAUUGCCCACACUAACUUCAAGCUCUUCAGUUUCAAUCAGCUUUUGAUACCCCAAUGACUGAGCCUUCUGAUGAGGCUGCUUUCAUCGAGAGACUCUAUGAAUACGGCGAGCAACUCAAUAAUGCCAAAGACAAGUCUCAGAAUGUGAAGGACUACCAGGGAAUUAUUGAUGCCGCCAAGACUAGUAAUAAGGCGAAGCAGCUGGCUGCUCAACUCAUUCCCAGGUUCUUCAAGUUCUUCCCUGACCUUUCUGGUCCUGCCCUUUAUGCCCAUCUUGAUUUGGUUGAGGAAGAAGAGCUUGGGGUCCGGGUGCAAGCAAUAAGAGGAUUACCCCUUUUCUGCUCAGAUACACCAGAUAAUAUAGGGAAGAUAGUUGAUAUUCUUGUGCAAAUUCUUGGAUCUGAGGAAUUUGUGGAGCGGGAUGCUGUACACAAGGCUCUUAUGUCUUUACUGAGGCAAGAUGUUAAAGCUUCCUUGACAACCUUGUUCAAGCACAUUGGGAGCGUUGAAGAGCUAAGUACAGAUGAUGUUAUUCGUGAAAAAGUUAUAAACUUUGUUAGAGAUAAGGUUUUUCCUAUUAAAUCCGAACUGUUGAAGCCCCAGGAGGAAAUGGAAAGACACAUAACUGAUCUGAUAAAAAAGAGUUUAGAAGAUGUAUCUGGCACAGAAUUUCGAAUGUUUAUGGAUUUCUUGAAGAGUUUGAGCCUGUUUGGAGAAAAAGCUCCACCUGAGCGAAUGAAAGAACUGAUUGGAAUUGUUGAGGGGCAAGCUGAUUUAGAUGCACAAUUCAAUGCUUUAGAUGCUGAUCAUAUUGACAGAUUGAUAUCAUGCCUUCACAUGGCACUUCCAUUUGUUGUGAGGGGUGCAUCUAGCAGCAAAUUUCUUACCUAUGUAAACAAGUUCAUCAUUCCUGUUUUUGACCAGCUUCCUGAAGAACGAAAAGUAGAUCUACUUAAAGACCUUGCAGAAUUUUCACCUUACACUACACCACAAGAUUCACGCCAAAUUCUUCCUUCUAUUGUUCAGUUGCUAAAAAAAUACAUGUCUUGGAGGAAGACUGGAGAAGAGAUGAACUUCACUUAUGUUGAGUGCUUGUUAUACACAUUUCAUCACCUAGCUCACAAGGUUCCUAAUGCCACAAAUAGUUUAUGUGGUUACAAGAUUGUUACUGGCCAGCCAUCUGAUAGGCUUGGAGAGGACUUUUCAGAGCAUUAUCAGGAUUUUACUGAGAGAUUAAAUAACAUUCAGGAGUUAACCCGGGCUACCGUGAGGAAGUUAAAUCAGGUCAUGGCUGUGCACAAUGAAUCAAUGGCAGCUGCUAAAACAGAUGAAGCAAAGGAAAAAAUUAAAACACAAAAGCAGAACACUACAACUGGGUUGCGCACCUGCAAUAACAUUUUGGUAAUGACAAAGCCAUUACACUCUAAGGCGCCUUCUUUUAUUGGAGAUGAGAGCAUCAACCUUUCUUGGAAAGAAGCAACUAAAACUGCAUCUUCUUCAACAGAGGCAGCUGGAGCAAAACGGCCUGCUACUCCCUCUAAGGGAUCCAACAAUGUUGCAUCAAAGAAGGGCCGAGGUGUUGGUGGUGGUGGUUUACAAAAUCAACUUGUUAAUAGAUCACUGCAAGGAUUACCCAGUGGUGGGAGAAGUGGUGGUUCACGGGGUAGAGGCAGGGGCUGGGGUGGAAGAAGGAGAGGGAGAGGGAGAGGAUAUCGAGAUUGCUUACCGAGAGAUGUGACUCUGAAGGCUUCCUUAGUGGCGUUCUGGAAAUAGAGAGCCAGCUUACUCAUCAUCUCCAUAGCCUUGUAAGAGAACACAAGAGAUGAGCAGAAGAAAGAAUAGCCAAAAUCUUGGAAGUGCUUUAGGAAUAGUAAAAAAGAUAUUCAUUUUAGAUUCUGAAUCUUUGUCUAAUAAUCUGAAA